AUGUGUCAGUCUUUUGCACGGCUGUUGCGUGCACCGCCUAUCCAGCAUGCUGCCAACUCUGGACUAGGGAGUUGUCGCCACCCCUCGUCACGGAUUUUCCCCGAUCGAUCGAUUUCAAUCGUGGCGAGUGCCAAUCCACCCGCCCUGCUUCUGGCCCAUGUUCGUCAUGCGGCUCGACCGGUUUUGCGCAUUCAUUAUCCUUUGAUUCGUCUCAAUCGCCUGGCUGGUCCGGCGCAAUUCUCAACCUACCCUAGCAAGCUUGUCGCAUCGUCUCCUCGCACCCUUACCCAGGACCUUGCGCGCGAUAUCGAAGAUUACUUUGACUCGGAAACUGUGGCCAUGGCGGUGGAUCCAACAAUUGCUGAUGUCAAGCCGGCCGAUAUAUUGAAUGGAGAUGUCCCUCCGUCUGCUGGUCGGGCGGAGGCUGCUCUUGAUCCAGAAUCAGAUGAAGAUGUUCCCGCGGACGCGGAGGAGCUUCAAGAAGCUCUGGGACGGCCGCCCCCAGUGAACAGUAGCUACCUUCCCUUGCCCUGGAAAGGGCGCCUUGGAUAUGCCUGCUUGAAUACCUAUCUCCGCUACUCCAAUCCCCCCGUCUUUUGCUCUCGCACGUGUCGCAUUGCCUCUAUUCUGGAAAACCGGCAUCCGCUACAAGACCCAGACCAGCCUCCACAUGCCACGAAGAAUCGCCCGGACCGUGAACAACCAGCGGAUGUGGCGCGCGGGCAGGCAUUUGUCGAGGCACUAGGUCUCGCCAAUGCGCGCGACCUGGUCAAACUUCUGCGCUGGAAUGACAAAUACGGCAUCAAAUUCAUGCGCCUCAGUAGCGAGAUGUUCCCGUUCGCCAGCCACAAAGAAUAUGGCUACAAACUUGCUCCGUUCGCAUCUGAGGUCCUCGCUGACGCGGGUCGAGUGGUCGCAGAAUUAGGCCACCGAGUAUCCGUUCACCCAGGGCAGUUCACACAGCUGGGGUCUCCCAGACGAGAAGUAGUGGAAAGCUCUUAUCGAGAUCUCGAAUACCAUUCAGAGAUGUUACAGCUUCUCAAGCUGCCCCCGCAGCAGGAUCGCGAUGCCGUCAUGAUUCUGCACAUGGGCGGCGUUUUUGGUGAUAAGGCGGCGACAUUAGACCGCUUCCGCGAGAAUUAUGCGGUGGUGUCGCAGGACAUAAAGAAUCGACUGGUCCUAGAGAAUGACGAUGUCAGCUGGACUGUUCACGAUCUUCUCCCUAUUUGCGAGGAAUUGAAUAUCCCUCUCGUACUCGACUAUCACCACCAUAACAUUUUAUUCGAUGCGAACGAAGUGCGUGAAGGCACGGAAGACAUUAUACCGCUCUAUGACCGAAUUGCGGCCACUUGGUCCCGAAAGAAUAUCACACAAAAGAUGCAUUAUUCCGAACAAACUUCGGCGGCCAUCACUCCUCGUCAACGACGCAAGCACAGCGACCGCGUGGCUACAUUACCACCAUGCAGUCCUACGAUGGACCUCAUGAUCGAGGCCAAGGAUAAGGAGCAAGCUGUGUUUGAAUUGAUGCGGAACUUCAAGCUGCCUGGUCACGAACUAAUCAAUGAACUAAUUCCAUACACUCGAACCGAUGAGAACAAGCCAUUCAAGCCACCCCGAAAGUCGAAGAAGAACGGCGGCUUCGUCGAUCUGGAAGGCUCCGUACCUCCACCCCGCACCAUUCCGGAGGACGAAGUUGGCAUGGGCGGACCAGACAGAAGAGUCUACUGGCCGCGGGGCAUGGAAGAAUGGCUUCGUCCCGCGAAGAAGGUCGUGAAACCCAAGGCUGCCGCAAGCCCAGCUAAGCGCCCUGCUGCCAAGAAGGUCAAGAGCGAGCCUGCAACACCGACUAGCGAAAUAGAGACGCCGGUAAAGAAAACACCCAUGCCUCCGACACGACGAACGAUCUUGUCAACCAAAUCGAGCACGAAACGAAAAGCUGAACAAAUCGAGUCUACCCCCGAGUCGGAGGAUUUGAGCAGCCUCUCUGUCGAUAUGGAGGAUACCGUGACUGCGUCUCAGACAUUGACUCGGCGCAGUAGUCGCGCGAAGAAAGUCAAUUAUACUGAGGAUAGCGCAUAA